AUGGCUUCAGCAGCAUCGGUGACAUUUCGCCUGAAUCAGCCCUCCCAAUCCCAUUCUCUCAAAUCAAAACCUCAUUUCACCUUCCCUUUCAAGCCCCUCUUCACCUUUUCCCCCUUACACAAACAUCCAAAGCUCCAAAUCGCCGCAAAAUCUACUGAUGUCUCCAAAGAAGACAUACCACCGGCAUCAGAACCCGUAGCUGAAACCGACGACUUCGAUAAACGCAGGUUAGAUGAGAAAUUCGCAGACCUAAACACCGGAAUUUACGAGUGUCGGUCGUGCGGGUACUUGUACAACGAGGCCGCCGGCUACCCAUCGUACCCGAUAGCUCCAGGGCUGUCGUUCGACAUAGUGCCGGACGAUUGGAGAUCUAUCUAUCAAUGUUUGAGGAAAUUAUGGAUGAAUUCAGUUACAAAAUUAAGAGAUGAAUUCUAUUUGCUACAAUGA